AAGAUGCGUGUUCUACAAUUUACUUUUAAACUUCUGACAAUUGCUGGAUGUUGGCGACCGGAAUCUUGGACAUCAUUGCAUAAAAGAAUAUUAUAUAAUGUAUAUUCAAGCAUAAUGAUUCUUAUUAUGUAUGCUUUGAUACUAUCGCAAUUAAUGGACAUAAUUUUGAUUGUGGAUAAUACUGAUGAUUUCUCUGAUAACAUUUUUAUAUUUGUCCCUGCGGCUUGUACUUGCAUUAAAAUGACUCUUCUCCUGAUAAAUCGCAAAAGCAUAAAUUUGCUUAUUCAUACACUGACGAAAGAACCAUGUAAACCGCGGGAAUCAGCAGAAAUAAAGAUUUUUCAUAAAUUUGAUGACAGCAUAGAUUAUUGGCACAUAAAAAAAAAAUUAUUAUUUAGAGCAUGGUUUCCAUUUGAUUACUCAUCGACGGCAUUAUUUGUCCUGCUGUUCUUUCAUCAAUUUUUAAGUGCAGUAGUCGGAAGUCUCUUAAAUCUUGCUUGUGAUACUCUUAUUUGGGGAUUAUUAACACAUGUUUGCUGUCAACUCGAGAUUUUGGCUUAUCGUUUGAAGAAAAUUAUAUUUUAUACGGACAUUCUUCGCGAUUGCAUACUUCAACAUUAUUGCAUUUUCAAACUUGCCAUUCUUAUAAACGUGAAAUUUAGGCUGAUUAUGACAAUUCAAUUUACAAUGAGUUUGUUGGACAUAUGCUUCGCUCUUUAUCAAAUAAAUAUUACAACAACAAAAGCCAAAUACCUUGAAAUGAUAAUGUAUAUGAGUAUUAUGUUAAUACAAAUCUUUUUCUAUUGUUGGUACGCAAACGAAGUAAAGUUAAAGUUAUACAAGUAG